AUGAGUCUGCGUGGAAUUACUUUGGCAAAGAAACAACUGUUUUCUAGACAUUUUUGCUCUACUGUAAUCAAAAAUAAUGGAAACCCCGAUGGCUUUCGUCGUUUUUGGAAAAACACAUCCGUCUCCAACGAGAAUGGGCAAGCGUUUGUGAAAUUGGAUGGACGUUCUAUAAAAACGCCCUCUGGGAAAAUACUGGAAAUUCCCGCUUUUAUGCGGCCUUUAGCUCAUUUAGUCGCUCUUGAAUGGGAUCGUUUACCAUCAAGUUCAAUUCGUCCACAUAUGCUUCCUGUUACAUCGCUUUUUUCGAGGGCAAUGGAUGUAUCAGAGCUUGAAAGUGAAAAGGCAAAAGUUUUUGACCAGGUGACAAAGUUUAUUGACACGGAUACCAUUUUGGUCUACGCACCUACGGAAGAGUAUGAAGGAAAACUUCUUAAAGAACAACAAAAGAAGUGGCUUCCAUUAAAGAAGGCAUUUGAAGAAAAGUUUGAUGUUCACUUGAAACACCUGGACGGCGACGGUGGACUUGUAGCGUGUAAACAAUCGACAGAAACGCAUGAUAAGAUUCAAAAAUGGUUAAGUUCAUUAAAUCCUUGGCAGUUAGCGGCCUUCGAGCGAUGCGUUGCUUCAAGCAAAAGCUUUAUCUUGUCAACGCUACUUCUUGAAGGCGAGCUAUCAUCUGACGAAGUGGUUGAACUAACAAAUUUGGAACUUUGUUUUCAAACGAAUAAAUGGGGUACUUUAGAAGAUGUUCAUGAAAUGGAUCACCAUGAUUUGAGACAGAAAGUUUCAAGUUCUGGACUAAUCUUUCGAUUUGCAAACACUCCCAACUAA